AUGGUUAGUAAAGAAACAAAUACAGAGAAUGAGGAGAAAAAAGAACAGUACGUAGCUGACCUGGACGAAGCUCUUGAAGUAGCAGGUAUAGGCAUCUACAAUUUAAAGUACAGCUUAGUCCUGGCGCUACUCCUCAUAGCCUCCAUCGUAGAACUCAUCGGUUACUCCCUGGUGCUACCUGCAGCGAUAUGUGACCUGAACAUGUCUGACAGUCAACGAGGACUUGUUGCUUCUAUUCCUUAUGCUGGUAUCCUCAUAACUUCGUACCCAUGGGGUUAUCUGGUGGAUACACGGGGCCGCAGGAAAAUGGUCAUAUAUAGUUCUCUUGUAGCUGGAGUAUUCAAUGUAUUAUCUGGAUUUAUGCCAAAUUUAAUAAGCUUCGCAUUGUGUAAAUUUUUGUCGUCACUUUGCUUGGCGUGUGUGUCUGCAGCCCCUUACACAUUCAUCGGUGAGAUUUUACCAUCGAAACACAGAGAUAUAAUCCUAACCAUAGUCAACUCAGCAGAGAUUAUUGGAGCUGCCUGCGUACCAUUGCUAGCGUGGGCAAUCAUACCUACAGACUUUAGAUUAGUAAUUGGUGCAUCAUACGUCUUCAGACCUUGGCGUCUUCUGCCAAUAAUCUACGCCACGUUCUUUAUAGUACCCGGACUGUUAUUGAUAUUUGCCCCGGAGAGUCCGAAGUAUUUGGUUUCAGUCAAUAAGUGUGAUGAAGCUCUCAAAGUAUUACAAGACAUGUACGCAGGAAACAAAGGCAAGAAACCUGAAGAAUAUCCAAUAACAAAAUUGAUAUCUCAACCAAUUAAAAGAGACAAGACUGGAUUUUUAGACUCGAUUGCAGUACAAAGCGUGCCUUUACUUAAAUGGACCUAUUUAAGAUGGCUGCUACUGAACGGUUUCUUGUUAUUUGGAGUUUUUUCAGUUUUGAAUGGGCUUUACAUAUGGGUUCCUGACGUUAUCAACCGUGUGAUAACCAGCGGUGGAGGUGGAAGAACAGCGUGUGAAGUUAUUUUUGAUAGAUUUAAUCAGACGGUAGUCGAAGAUGCUGAAUGCGAUGACACAAUAGAGGAAAUGACAUUCAUAAUCAACUCAAUAUCUCAGUUGAGUUGUGCAGUUAUUGCUAUAGUAGUUAGCUCUACCGUCAAAUUCUUCGGAAAGAAGAAACUGAUGAUUGGGUGCUUUUAUCUCAUGGGUGUUUUUGCAAUCCUCAUCAACUUUACAACAAACGACAUGAUCUUUGCGUUUCUUUUAUCACCAAUUCCCAUAAUGGCAUUGGCGAUAGGCCCUGUAAAUGCCUAUACAGUGGAGCUAUUUCCCACACAUUUGAGGGGAAUGGCAGUAAGUUUAUCCAUGAUGCUUGGUCGUGUAGGGUCUAUCUUCGGGAGCAAUGUAGCUGGUCUGAUGAUCAACAAUUACUGCGAGAUCAUGUUUUAUUCUUUUGGAGGCUUGUUACUUUUUUGCGGUACACUUGCUUUUAUAUUACCUAAUUCGAGGAAAUCACGAACGGAUCAACAGGACAAAAUCGAAGCAGCUACAUAA